ACAGCCGUUCAAAAAGAGCCGUUCGUUCGUAAUCACUACCUGCUACCCACCCGGCCACUGCAAUGCGAUGCUGCGGCUGCUCACUACUGCCGAGAGUCCCGCGCAGUACUGAUGGAGGGAGGGAAGUUGUGAGGCGGCGAGAUAUCCCCUUAAAAUAGGGUGAUAUCCCCUAGAAAGGCCAACCCAAAACCAUGGCGGAGGCCAAUCCUUUUAGGGGACUGCCCCGUUUGCGGAGGGCCGCGAUGUCCUUCCCGGGGAAUCUCCACCUGGUGUUGGUUCUGCGGCCCACCAGCCUCCUGCAGAGUCCCUCAGGCACCGGCACUGACUUGGGCUUCCGCUUCAGCCAGGAUGACUUCAUGCUCAAGAUGCCGGUGGUUAUGCUCAGUUCGGUUACGGACCUGCUUCGCUACAUCGAUGAGAACCAGCUGACCUCAGAGUUUGGUGGAACUCUGGAGUACUGCCAUAGUGACUGGGUUGUCCUUCGUACGGCUAUUGAGAGCUUUGCCGUGACUGUCAAGGAGAUAGCCCAGUUGCUGCAGUCGUUCGGCACCGAGCUCGCCGAGACCGAGCUUCCAGAUGAGGCCGACGCCAUCGAGUUCCUCCUCAGAUCCCACACUGACAAAUACAGGCAGCUGAAAGAUGACAUCAGGUCAGUGAUGCGGGAGGGCCGUCACUUGCUCUCCAACUUGGAAGCCGCCAAGGCAGCUAAAGCUGAUGGCCAGGAGGACAAAGAUAUCAAACAGGACUGGGACACGGUGCAGAGGCUUCUGGCCCAACUACGGGACAUGGAGAUGGCUUUUGAUGGCUUUUUUGAGAAGCAUCACCUGAAACUGCAGCAGUACCUUCAGCUGAUGAGAUAUGAGAUGAGCUUUCAUGAGAUGGAGGAGAUCCUGGACCAGCUGUCUGGUCAGGAGAAGGAGGUCGCUGCCGUGGGCGGGACUGUGGUCCAGACAGAACAGCUAUUAAAAGAUCUGGAGUCACUGGACACCCGCGCACAGGAAGAGAUGGGCCGCGCCCAGAUCAUCAUCCUGCGCGGCCACCAGCUGGCCACCGGUCACCACUACGCUCUGGCCCUGAUCGUCCAGCGGUGCAACGAGCUGCGGCACCACUGUGACGUGCUGACCACCGCUAUCCGAGCCAAACGGGCUACCCUCACUCGCAUACACCACCUGCUGCUGCGUCUGGAAGAGGCCCGGCGCUGGUGUGACGAGGGGGCUUACCUCUUAGCCAAUCAGCUGGUGGAUAAGUUCCAGUCCAAGGAGGGAGCUCAGGGAGCGCUGCAGGAUAUAGAGAGACUCCAGGAGGAGACACCGUUGUGUCUGAGCCAAAGCCCUGAUGUCCUCAGUCUGGAGUUUGAGGCCAUCCUGACCCCUCAGCUAGAGUCUCAGAUUGGGGUGGCCACUGAGAAGCUGUCUGCCAUGCAGAGAAUGAUCCACAACAGACAGGCAUGUCUGAGGAAGCUGGCUGACAUUCAGGUGCGGCCCAUCCAGCUGGUGGCCCCUCGGCCUGAGCACUCUCCCCGGUGCAAAUCCCCUCUCUUCUCCCCCAAACACAGUGUAGAUUUCAACUCGGUUCUCAACUCAAGGUUCUCUUUUGACCUCUUACCUGGCAAGAGGGCAGCUCGGAAAAGCCCUCGAAAGAUAGAGGUGAUGCAUGACUAUGAGGAGAACCGCAACUCUCUCUCCUACGGCCAGGAGGGAGAGGAGAGCCCAGACCAGCUGAAACGACACAUAAUCAAAGAGCUUAUUGAGACAGAGAGGAUCUAUGUAGAGGAGCUGCUCUCUGUCUUGCUGGGUUACAGGGCAGAGAUGGAUAACCCCGCCCUCUCCAACCUACUGCCCUCUGCCCUGCGCAGCAAGAAGGAGGUCCUCUUCGGGAAUAUGCCAGAGAUCUACAAAUUCCAUAGCAGGACCUUCCUCCAGGACUUGGAGGGGUGCCUGGAGACUCCCGAGAGGGUUGGAGCAUGCUUUCUACGACGGAAAGAAAAGUUCCAGGUGUAUGAGCGUUACUGUCAGAACAAGCCGCACUCCGAGUUGCUAUGGAGACAGUGCUCUGCUUCCCUCUUCUUCCAGGAGUGUCAGAAGAAGCUGGAGCACAAACUGGGGUUGGACUCGUACCUCCUAAAGCCUGUCCAGAGACUGACUAAGUACCAGCUGCUGCUGAAGGAGCUGUUGAAGCACAGCGCAGACAGUGAUUAUAUAUCUGAGCUGCAGGGGGCACUAGAGUCCAUGCUGGAUCUCCUCAAGUCUGUCAACGACUCCAUGCACCAGAUCGCCAUCACAGGUUAUGAGGGGGAGCUGAGUGACCUGGGCCGGGUGCUAAUGCAGGGCUCCUUCAGUGUGUGGAUCAGCCAUAAGAGGGGCCCGACGAGGAUGAAGGCCCGUUUCAAACCCAUGCAGAGGCACCUCUUCCUGCAUGAGCACGCUCUGCUCUUCUGCAAGCGCCGUGAGGAGCAUGGGGAGGGCCACGACCGCACCCCCUUCUACAGCUUCAAGCACUGCCUGAGGAUGAGUGCUGUUGGCAUCACUGAGAAUGUCAAAGGAGACGUGAAGAAGUUUGAGCUCUGGUACAGUGGCAGAGAGGAGGUGUACGUUGUUCAGGCCCCGACGUUCCAGAUCAAGAUCACCUGGCUCACCGAGAUCAGGAAAAUUCUCACCAACCAGCAGAGGCUCCUCCAAGGUUUCUACUUUGCGUCUACUUGUCUGUCAGCUUCCAUGUUGGAAGACAUUCCCCCUAUUCAACUCUCAGAGCAGACUCCUCUGUCUCCUCCCUCUACUGACAGUCUGGCUCAUAUGUCGGUGUGCAUGCCGUGGAGUCCCAGGCAGAUCACUGGCUGCUCAGGUUGUUUUGAUGUCCUUCCUCACAGUAAGCCUCCAGACCAGUCCCUCAGCACGGAGGAGGCCGAGUCAUCAGGCCGCACCAGCCCCGUCCUCACAGACCCCGUGGUCUUCUCCCCUCAGCCCCAGCACAACAAUCGACGCAGUUGGCCUGGCACUUCCCACUCAGUGGACAUCUGUGAGGGUCCGGAGGACUGGAGCACCACUGACUUGUCCAACCUGUCAGACUCUGACGAGGAGGACGACCCUACUCCACUGGUUCCUGGGAGGUACAGGGCCCUGGUGGAAAGUAGCGUGUGCAGUACAGAUGACCUCAUCAUUAAGUGCGGCGAUGUCAUCCAGCUGCUGGAUCAGGACACUGUAGGGAAGUGGCUCGUGAGGAAUGUCAGUCGUUGUGAUGAGGGUCGGGUCUCAGCUGAUAACCUGCACAGGAUUCUGGGAGAGAGUGGCCGUGCCCACUCAGGCAGGAUGGAAGGGAAUCAGAAAACCCGGAAGCUCAGCUCUCUCUGAAUGAAGCACGUGCCAUCCACCCUCUGUCCGGACACAACCUCGGAUCCCACAACUGUCGUUCUGACAUCCUUCCCAUCCAAGGUCGUCUUUCCUGGAGUCUCCAGGGGCCUUGAACAUGCUGCCAGAGACCGACCAGUCAUCAAUCAAACCAGAGGAUCUGAAGGGUCGACUUUGCCUUCUUUUAACCGUCCAUCUCCAGAAAUGUAUAAUAAUCUCCACCAUAUUAAUACCAUGACGAUAAAACCACAAGGACGUCUUUUUACAUUUCCUCCAGAGGGUGCAUGUGUUGCCGUGGGUAACGUCCCUACCCACGUCAAAAGCAAACAACCUCGAGCACAAGGCAGUGGACUGAGUCUACUUUCCGACCCCCGGGCAGCAUCACAACAUCACCUUAAAGAACUGUCACCCCGGGAGAUAGAAUCUCCAUGUCUUCAUUUUCCUGGAUGAGAUGCAUGAACUGUUUCUAGUCCACUUUAUAAAUACAUUUACUUAGAAAAGGACUGUUUUACUUCUGUUACAGUGAAAGUGAAUCCAAUCUCUCUUUUUUUUACAUGUGUGUGUAACUAUCAUGGUUCAUGAUAGACCAUAACAGAUUUCAACAUAUCGUCAAUGCCAGGUUAUGUGCCAAAACAUGCUAUUGUACAGUUUCCCUGUCUGCUUUAUUUGUUAGAACAGCCUCAUUUUGUACCACUCUCAUUAUCCCCAAUUACUAUGGUAAAUAGCUGACAUUUCAGUGUGAAAGCUAACAGCAAGCAAACUGUGCCAAGCGUUGUACUUCUAUGCUCACUAUUCUGCAUGAAUGUCGACAGGGUGAUGCAAGUGGUCAGUUCCAAGUUGAACAUUGCCGAAUGCUUCUUUUUAUGUGCACUGCAGUUUUGUGCCAGUAGGGGGUGGUGUGUCAGUCGUCUGACCAUUUGACGUGGGAGGAGGGUCCCGCGGUGCUGCUGCCGCUGCUGCAACUUCUGCUGCUGAGUGAGUGUGAUGAUUGGAUGUUGCAGCUUCUAUGUAAAUUCUCCACAUAGACGGAUGUUGGGGAUUCAUGCGAAUCUACAGAGAAUUUCAUAUAUGAUAUGGAUGGAAAUUAUUUUACCAAAUACAAGCACAAGAGGAUCUGA